AUGAAUAGUUCAACAUCAUUGGGAAGUAUUGAUUUUUCGGCGAUUCUCGAGGAGGAAUUUCGGGCGAUGGAAGAGAAGGAUAGUGGCCAGGAUAUUAGUGUUUUGGCUGGGGAAAUUGUCACGAAUGCCCUGCACAUCCCUAGGAGUCUAUUUUGUCCAUUCUGUGCGGAUGAGUACAUGUUCCAGUUCACGCUGAAGGAUCAUCUGAAGAGGGAGCACCUUGAGGAGUUGCAGAAGCAAAUUGAGCGGCAAAAGAGGGCAGAAGUGCUGGAAGAUGUGACUCUGUCAGCAUCCCAUGCUUGUCCCAUCUGUGGUGCUCUUUUCUUUCACUUUGGCUUGGUGCCAAAGCAUAUCCAUCAGCGGCAUGGGAGGGCUUUUCUGCAGCAGUGGCAGAAGGAGAAUGCAGAAAAUCUGGCCAGGAGGGAAGAUGAACCAAGUAUUCUUUAUGCCAAGUGCUCUCCGGGUCUCAGUGAGAUAUUCGAUGCCCUGACAACCAAUGAAAAAGUCAAACCAGUUCCUGAGGUCAAGGUUGCAACUCCCAGCAAGAGCAUCCUGAAGAAGACUCCAAAGGGCAAGAUUAUCGUGUCUCCAUCUUCAGUGUCCAUCAGACGUACCAAGAGUGACUACGUCAAGAGAUGUACACCAGUUCGCCGGGAAUUGCGCUUCGAUUUGCCGCCGCUGAAGAAGAAAUCCCCCGAGGAGCAACUGCCUCCAAUGCCCAGGGACACCAUUCGCUCUUCCUGGAGAUUGCCCUUCGGUUGGCGCAGGCAGAAAAUCAAGUCACCCCCAAAGUCCACGGUGCUCACUAGCACUCCCAUCAACACCCUGGGCGAUGCCUCAGAUGUGCCCUCAUUCUUCGCUCUGGAGAGAUUCCAGUGCGCAAGAUGCCGCAAAACCUGGGACAAUAACGCUGAACUCCUGCAGCAUCUGAAGGAGCAUCAUCGCAGUGCCAGGCACUUCAUGAGGCCCCAUUACAGGUGUGCUCAGUGUGGGGCCACUUUCUACAGGAACAACUACUUGGUGCGCCAUUGCCACUUUCAUCAUACGCCCCUCAAGGCCCGCCAGGUCAUCAGGAAUUGAGAUUUUUUAAAAGACUCUUUCCUAACAUCACUCUGCACCAUCUUCUUCAAAGUUACUCACCCAUCCAGCUAUCCUCAGGAUUGGAUCCAAAAAGCACCCAGUGUCGACAGAAAAGCCGUAAGUUUUUGCUAAGGACAUUUAAUUGUAAUAAAUUGAGUUUUACACUUAAA